AUGGAAUAUUCAGAAGAAGCCCUUAAAGUAUCUAUCAAAGCAGUAGAAUAUGAUCGUAAAGGACAAUUACAAGCUGCUAUUUAUUAUUACAAAGAAGCAGCUACACUAUUAGAAUUAGCUUGGAAAAUAAGAAAAGAUGAUCAUUUAGCUGAUCAGUGGUGUAAAAAAUCACAUGAGUAUAUAAAUAGAGCAGAAACUCUUGAAUAUCAAAUUCAACAAGAUGCUGCCAAAGAAAUAGAAAGUAUUAAUCAAGAUAAAAUCUUACUAAAACAAUGUAAAUAUUUAUUAAAACAGGCUCUAGAUAUUGAUGAGACAGGGAAAAGAGAUAUGGCUAUUAAAGCUUAUAUGCAAGCUAUUGAAUUUACAUUAAAAGUGAAAAAAGAAAUAUCUGAUGAAAUUAUUGUAAACAAAUUAGCUGUAUUAAUUAUUAAGUCUUUAGAUAGAGCAGAAAAAUUAAAAGAAUCUAAAUUGAAAUGUGAUACUAAUUCAGUGUGCACAAAUAAAAUGAUUAUAAAAAAUGUAACAUAUCAAUUAAAAAUACCAAGUGAUAGUUUGUACACAGAAUCUGAAAAACGAGUUUUAUUAAUCACGUCCAAAAUAAAUAAUAAGGAAUAUGUGCCAUUCAUGGAUGUUGAUCUUUUAGAAAGAUUUCAAUUAUCUAUUCGAUUUACUGACAAUGAUGGUUUAUUACCAUUAUCAUAUGAGCAAAAGAAACAUUUUGAUCAAUGGUUACGUCCUGAUCAACUGUGUUCAGAUCCAAAAAUGAUUGUUGGAGAUUACAUUGAUUUUUAUAGCAUUAAGCAAACGGUGGUUACUGAUUGUUCUUUUGUUGCAUCUUUAGCUGUUUGUGCAGUGUAUGAGAAACAUUUUAAAAAAAGACUAAUUACAUCCAUAAUAUAUCCUCAAAAAAAAAAUGGUCAGCCAGUUUAUAAUCCUUUUGGUAAAUAUAUGAUCAAAUUGCAUUUAAAUGGUAUUCAAAGGAAAGUUAUAAUUGAUGAUCGAUUACCAGCUGGAAAAUAUAAUUCAUUACUUUGUUCACAUUCUUCUAAUAAAAAUGAAUUUUGGGUAUCUCUUAUAGAAAAAGCAUACCUUAAAGUAAUGGGUGGUUAUGAUUUUCCAGGAUCUAGUAGUAACAUAGAUUUACAUGCAUUGACAGGGUGGAUUCCAGAAAGAUGUGCAAUUCGAGUAAGAGAUGCAGAAUUCAAUGCUGAUGGUCUUUUUGAAUUGAUGUGUUCGAGAUUAAAUAAAGGUGAUGUUUUAAUAACUGUAGCAACCUGUCCAAUGGAAGUCUCAGAAGAAAAACGUACGGGUCUUGUUUCUUCACAUGCUUAUGCUGUUUUAGAUGUAAAAAAAAUUGAUAAUUUGAAAUUAUUUAAAUUAAAAAAUCCCUGGGCUCACGUUCGCUGGAAAGGUCACUAUUCUGAUUUAGAUGAAAACAGUUGGACUGAUCAACUUAAAGAAGCAUUAAAUUAUGACUCUAUGAGUGCAUCAUCAUUUGAUAAUGGAAUUUUCUGGAUUGAUUAUACUUCCAUAUUACAUUAUUUUGAUGUUUUUUGUAUGAAUUGGAAUCCAGAAUUAUUUCCAUUCACUUCAUGCAUACAUAAAACUUGGAAUGCUGGAACUGGUCCCUUAUCAGACUUGUAUAAUAUGAGUGAAAAUCCCCAAUAUUGCUUGGAUGUUAAAAAUAUUCAUAAUGGAGCAGUGUGGAUUUUAUUAACUCGUCAUAUAACUGAUAUACAAGAUUUCAAAGAAAAUCGUGAAUAUAUUACUAUGUUAGUAUACAAAAAUGAGGGAAAGCGUGUUCACUAUCCAAAUGAUCCUGAACCUUAUUUAUCAGGAACAAGAAUUAAUAGCCCUCAUUAUCUUAGUAAAAUUCUUCUUAAUAAAAAUACUUCUAAAUUUACAUUAGUUGUCUCUCAAUAUGAAAAAAUGAAUUCAAUACAUUAUUCAUUACGAGCUUAUGCCACUUGUCCAUUUACCAUGGAAGAACUUCCAGAUUUAUACAACAUAGCUUUUAAAAAGACCAUAAAUGGUGAGUGGAAUAAUACAACAUCUGGUGGAUGUCGAAACCAUAAUUCAUUUAAUAAGAAUCCUAAGUUUAAACUUGUAGUUGAUGGACAAUCAUCUAAUAAUGAAUUAUUAAAAAUAGAACUAAAAGCACCUAAACAGUAUCAAGUUGGAUUUGAAAUAUGUUGUGUAGAAUUAGCAGAUAACACUUUAACAGCAAAGUUUAAAAGCAAAUCAUCAGGAAACUAUAGGUCUGGUUAUGUAGUAAUGGAGCUAGAAGAAAUCCAAUCUGGAAGUUAUCAAAUAAUACCAUCCACUUUUCUACCUGGCCAAGAAGGGCCUUUUAUAAUUACUAUAAAUGCAUCUUGUUUAAUAACUUUAUAAUUAACUAUAUCAAAUAUAAUUAACAAUAUUAUAUAAUUAUUUUUUUAUUAGAUAUUUUAAAUUAUGUUUAGUUUAGAGUAAUGUUCAAAAUAAAGUACACAAUAUAUAAUUAAAUGUAUUACAAUAUAUUAUUUUUAUUUGCCAUUUUAAACAAUUUUUUUUUUAUAUGUAAAGCCAAU